AUGCCCCCCGCGGCGCUGUCCUUCGCGGACAUGCUCGACGGCUCCCCCGCGAGCCUCGCGAAGCUGCGCGCGCGGUUCGACGCCGCCGCGCGCGAGGAGAAGCGCGUCUUCGAGUCGCCCGUGAAGCGAUCGACGAUCGAUCCCUCCGCGGCCGCGGCCCUCGGCGCCGCGUUCGCGGAGAUGAUGUCCGCGUCGCCCGCGAACCUCGUCACGAUGCGCGAAAGGCACGACGGGGAGUCCUCCACGCCGACGUCGAGCUCGGUGAGGCAUCUAUCCAGGCAACUCCUGUCGCCGCACCCGGCGCCGUCGACGAUCUCGUUAUCGCCCCGCGACGACGCGACUCGCGCGGAGCCCGCGCCCGCGGCGGACUUCGCAGACAUGUUCGCCGCGUCCCCGGCGACGCUCGCGAAGAUGCGCGCGGCGUCGCGCGCGCGCGACGACCACCCCCACGGCGGCGACGCGCGCGCGUCCGGGAAGAAGCAUCGCGCGUCGAUCGACGACGCGUCAGCCGCGGACCCCGGCCGCUUCGACGACAUGUUCGCGGCGUCCCCGGCGCAGCUCGCGAAGCUCCGCGCGGCAUCCGCGCGCGCGUCCCCGAGCGGCGCGUCCUCCUCCUCCUUCCCCGGGUUCACGACGACGAGUGGUAAUAAAGGGUCGCAUCCGUACGGGGACGACCGCUUCGUCGUCGUCUACGACGUCGUCGCGGCGGACGAGACGGAGUGCCGCGAGAAGGUCCUCGCCAUCUGCCUCGAGCAGACCGUGGAGCUCCCGGCGAGCCUCGUCCCGGAGGGGACGUGGAUCCGCGAGAACGUCGUCGGUCGUCUGGAGAAGCUCACCCCAAGGGCGGGCCUGAGAGGGUCGUACCGGUGCGAGAUCAGCUACCACACGGACACCGCGGGGAACGAGAUCUCGCAGCUGAUCAACGUCGUCUUCGGGAACACGUCCAUGAAGGAGGGCGUGAUGGUCGCGGAUUUGAUCGCGCCGCCGUCGGUGCUCGCGGCGUACCCGGGCCCGAAGUUUGGCGUCCGCGGACUGCGGAAGCUCCUGGGCGUCCCGAGAGGGCCGAUUAUCAUGACCGCGUUGAAGCCGAUGGGGAGCUCCACGGCGGCGCUCGCCGAGAUGGCGUAUAAGUUCGCCAAGGGCGGGAUCGACGUCGUCAAAGACGACCACGGCCUCGCGGACCAGCCGUACUCGCCGUACGACGAGCGUGUCGUCGCGUGCGCGGCCGCGGUGCGACGCGCGAACGAGGAGACCGGUCGGCGGUGCAUCUACGCGCCGUGCGUCAACGCCCCCGCGCAUCUGGUUGCGAAGCGGGCGUUCGCCGCGAAAGCCGCGGGCGCGGGCGCGGUGCUCAUGAUCCCGGGCAUCACCGGGCUGGACACGAUGCGAGAGCUCGCGGACGACGAGUCGUUCGGCCUGCCGAUCAUCUGCCACCCCGCGAUGCUCGGCGCGAUGCUCGGCGGCGGGUCGUACGACCGCGUCGGCGGGUUCUCGCACGAGGUUUUGCUCGGCGCGCUCCCUCGCGUCGCGGGCGCGGACGCCACCAUCUUCCCGUCCUUCGGAGGACGGUUCGGGUUCAGCGUGAAGGAGUGCGAGGGCAUCGCGCGCGGCGCGCGGCGGCCCAUGGGGGGCAUGCCGGACAUUUUCCCGUCCCCCGGCGGCGGGAUGACGAUGGAGCGCGUCGCGGCGAUGAACGAGGUCUACGGCGAGGACGUCUUGCUUCUCAUCGGCGGGUCGCUGAUGGGGCACUCGCCGGAUCUGGUCGCGAACGCGAAGCACUUCAUGAAGAUCGCGGGGCGGACGGACCUGUACGGACCGAAGGAGAACGGAGGGAAAGGCGGCGGCGCGGGCGACGUCGGCGGAGGCGGGAAGGACGGGAAGAAGGUCGACUUCGAGGCGCUGGUGAGUAGGUAGGCGUGUGAGCGUGGAAGCGAUCGUGAAGGCCCGACC